AUGUUUCUUUCUUUCUUUCAUCUUUCUUUCUUGCUUUCUUUCCUUCUGUCCUUCUUUCUUUGCUUCAUCUUUCUUUAUUUCUUUCCUUCUCUCUUUCCUUCUUUCUUUUCUUCAUCUUUCUUUCUUUCUUUCCUUCAUCUUUCUUUCAUUCAUCUUUCUUUCUUUUAUUUUUUCUUUCCAUCUUCUUUCUUCUUUCCUUCUUUCUUUCCUUCAUCUUUCCUUCAUCUUUCUUUCUUUCUUUCUUUUCUUCAUCUUUUUUCUUUCUUUCUUUCCUUCUUUCUUUCCUUCAUCUUUCUUUCUUUCCUUCAUAUUUCCUUCAUCUUUCUUUCUUUCUUUCUUUUCUUCAUCUUUUUUUCUUUCUUUCCUUCUUUCUUUCCUUCAUCUUUCUUUCUUUCCUUCAUAUUUCCUUCUUUCUUUCUUUCAUCUUUCUUUUCUUCUUUCUUUCCUUCUGUCCUUCUUUCUUUCCUUCAUCUUUCUUUCUUUCCAUCAUCUUUCUUUCUUUCCUUUUUCUUUCCUUCUGUCCUUCUUUUCUUCUUUCCAUCCUUCUUCCCUUCCUGCUUUCUAUCUUUCUUUCUUUCUUUCUUUCUUUCUUUCUUUCUUUCUUUCUUUCUUUCUUUCCUUCCUUCUUUCCUCCUUUCAUUGAAGCCAAUUAGUGUCUUUUUCCUUCUUUCCACGUGUUAUCGUCCAUUAUUUAUCUGUUAG